UUCGUGAGUUCGUGGCCUUAGGGAUUUAGGGUUUGUGCUGCCGUCGCCUCUCAAGUCUCAAGUUUCUUCCCUAGUCCCCUCUCCUCUCCUCCCGAUUCUUCGCGUCCCAAGCCCUCUCCUCCAGACCACCGCCUCCGCCCUCUCCUCCUCCGUGUGGAUAAGUUCGGCCUCUCCAUCGACGGCCACCGCGGCGGCUCGAGGACCACACUCCACCGUCCGCGACUUCUCCUUAGUUAGGGACUUAGGGUUAGGGUUUGUGCCCCGCCCGAGCUCUAUUCCCUCCCUCAGUCUCUCUCGAGUCUCUCCCCUCUCCUCUCCUCCGGAUUCUUCGCCUCCCGAGUCCUCUCCUCCGGACCUCCACCUCCGCCCUCUCCUCCCCCGUGCCGACAACUUCGGCCUCCCCAUCGACGGUGACCGCGGCGGCUCGACGGGUCCUGGGAACCAAGGUUGAAUCUCUGCUCGACUGCUCCUAAAGAGGUCGGAUCCUCUGCUCUACCGAGUUAUAGAGUACAUCUGAUGUAUUGCAACUAGGCUCCUAUACUUUUGGCAAAUAUUCGCUGAAUCUUAUCAGUACCCAAAAAGCCCUAUAGAAAGAUCCAAAGUUUUACAGAAGCAUGAGCAAAGCAGGAGCAAGUGGUGCUGGAAGUGGGCCAACAGCAGCAGCUACGCAAGCAGCCCACCAGAAGCAGAAGGCCCUGCUGCAAAGGGUCGACACUGAUGUGGCGAACAUCGUUGAUAAUUUUAGCCUCCUCAUUAAUGUUGCCAGGGUGAAUGACCCACCUAUUCGUAACUCUCAAGAAGCUUUUCAGAUGGAGAUGCGUGCUGCAAGGAUGGUUCAAGCAGCAGAUUCACUCCUAAAAUUGGUGUCUGAACUAGAACAAACUGCCAUCUUUUCGGGGUUUGCAUCACUGAAUGAGAAUGUGGAUAGGAGGAUUGAGGUGUUCAAUCAGCUGGAGGGGAGCACCGAGCGAUUAUUGGAGAAGAUUGGGGAGGAGGCAGCUGCAAGUCUUAAAGAGCUGGAAACCCAUUAUUACUCCUCAGUUCUGAGGACAUGCCAGCGUGAUUGAUGAUAAGGGCCCAUUGCUUGGAGCAAUGGUAGAAGGUUGGGCUGACAAAUGCAAUAGCACGAGUUCAGGUCCAGAGCAGUCACUUUGUGUUAAAAAAAAAAGGUGCCAAAGCUUAGGACUUCUCAGUUUGCCUCUUCCAGAAUCCGAUUUAUCAGGAAGAUUAUUGGAUAGUGGUUAUUUUUUAAUUUAUAAAAACUACAAAACUUCAUAAGUGGUUACACAUCUUAGUUGUUGAUUAUUCUGAUUGCUCUUGAAAGAUGGGUUUUCGUUGCGAGUCAAGUGUUAAUCUUCAGUGUUUGAGCCAUCUGAUGUACCAAUUUCCAGAAACCUGAGGUGGGCACGCUUUACUUUGGAAGUUUUUUGCCCAUUUCCAUGUAUGCUAAAUGUUUUAAAGAUGACGGUACAGAGAUUACCAAGGCUUAAGCUGGUCUUAUCCAUGCUGCUAAUCGCCUUGGUGUUCGCUGUAUGUGGUUUUAGAGAGAAUGGGCUCCUAGUGGCUCACUUGGACCCAAGAUAUCUCAGAAAAACUGAAUUGGACUUCUUUGGUCUUUAUGCACCUAGGUUAUAAAAUAUUAGUUCAAUGCUUGAUUUGCUGUUUUGUCUAUUUCAUGUAUUACUUAUUUGCGUGGUUUUAGCAACUUGAAUAUUUGAAUA